AUGGCACCAGCGUCCCGGUCCCGCUCUCCCGAGGACACUCCAGGCUCCCGCAGACGGCGUCGCAGCUCGUCGGGGAGCAGCCGUACCCGCUCUCAGUCCCGCGGCCGCGAGGACCUCAGGCCUCCUUGCGGUCGGUCGGCCGGCGCUCCCUACCCCCGCAGUGGCUCCGGGUCUCGAGAGCCCCCUGGGCUCCGCAACUACAUCCUCUCGUCCUCUUGCACCGUGUACUGCGGGGCGCCGCGUUGCCAUCGUUGCCAUCACUACAACCGGGUGGGCGACCGGCAGUGGGCAGAGCACUACGAGCUGGAGGAGAGCUGUCGGCAGAGGAGGCUGAAGGAGAGGGAAAGGAUCGGGGAGCUGGGGGCUCCUGAGGUGUGGGGGCUGUCUCCGAGGUACCCUGAGCCGGAUUCUGAUGAACACCCCCCAGUUGAAGGUGAAGAAAUAAAAACUCGGAAGAUCAGCGGCAGUUCAGAUUCCAUCCCCGAAGAAAAAAGCAGAAAGAAGACCAGUCAUUCAAAAAACAAAAGAAAUAAAAAGUCCAAAAGAAAAUAUAAGAAAUAUUAUAAUAGUGACAGUAAUUCAGACUCUGACACUAAUUGUAGCUCUGAUGAUGGAAAAAAGAGAUCCAAAAAAGCUAAGAAGAAAAAGAAACACAGAGGCAGAAAUAAAAAGAAGAGUAAGAAAACUAAAAAAGAACCCGCUGACUCAGGUUACAAGGAUUCUGAGGGGGAGUUGCCAGAAGAUGCCUGGAUUGAGCACUCAGAGAUUACAGAUACCAUGGAUCUAAUCGGUCCAGAAGCACCUGUAAUUCACACCUCUCAAGAUGAGAAACCUUUGAACUAUGGCCAUGCUCUGCUCCCGGGUGAAGGUGCAGCUAUGGCAGAGUAUGUAAAAGCUGGAAAGCGUAUCCCACGAAGAGGUGAAAUUGGGCUAACAAGUGAAGAAAUUGCUUCAUUUGAAUGCUCAGGUUAUGUUAUGAGUGGUAGCAGACAUCGCAGAAUGGAGGCUGUGCGACUGCGUAAAGAGAACCAGAUCUACAGUGCUGAUGAGAAGAGAGCCCUUGCAUCCUUUAACCAAGAAGAGAGGCGGAAGAGAGAGAAUACUAUUCUAGCCAGUUUCAGAGAGAUGGUGUACAGAAAGACAAAAGGGAAAGAUGACAAAUGA